GAGAGAGAGAAGGUUGUGCACGAUUCGCUGUCUUCUCUAGGAUACAGCUCGCUUCCCUCCUCGUCUCAGUGCUCCUCUCUCUUCCCACUCAAGUGUAUCUGAUCCGUCUCUCCCGCACGACUCCUCUGUUUCUCAAGAACUCUGAGGAUGACUCCUCCGGAAACCUCCAGCCACAGAUGCCCGUUCUUCAGCUCAUGGCUGCCCAGGACGACUCAACACUCUCGGGCUUCCCUCGUGCGGACCUGCUCUAUGUAAAGUGGAUCCGAAGCAGAACAGCAGCUCAAGCCGGUCUCCUUUAGGAAAGGGCACGUUCGUUCAGACCUCGUCUUUCAGCUUACAAGCACACAAAGAACAAGAGACCUUCAGAGCCGAAGCUUUCAGAUUGCUAGAGGAAGUGCAGACAAUCGUAUGUAAAGAUGGAGCAGGAGAUUUCAAAAGUGCAGCGCAAGAUGUCAGACCUGGAGUCAGUUCUGCAGCAGAAGGACGUGGAGCUCAAGGCUUCAGAAACCCAAAGAACCAUCUUAGAACAAGACUUGGCCACCUAUAUCACCGAAUGCAGCAGUUUGAAGCGCAGUUUGGAGCAGGCCCGCGUGGAGGUUACACAGGAGGAUGAUAAAGCUCUGCAGCUCCUGCACGACAUACGGGAGCAGAGCAACAAACUGCAGGAAAUUAAAGAACAGGAGUACCACGCUCAGCUGGAGGAAAUGCGCGUUUCUAUUCGUCAGCUGGAGGAGAACCUGUCCGCCGCUCGCCGCCGCAGCGACCUGUACGAAUCCGAGCUGAAAGAGUCUCGCCAGACCAGCGAGGACCUCAAGAGGAAGGCUGUGGAAUACCAGCAGAAGAUUCAGAAGGCCAAAGAACAAGGCAAAACUGAGAUGGAAGAACUUCUGACCAAAUUACAGAAGACCAAUGCAGAGCAACAAGUGAAGGUUGAAGAACUCCAGGAGAAGCUUGCCAAGGCCGUGAAGGCGAGUACAGAAGCCACUGAACUCCUGCAGAACGUCCGGCAGGCUAAAGAACGUCUGGAGCGAGAUCUGGAGCAUCUGCAGACCAAAGAGGACCCCACCGACAGCCUGCGCAGACGCCUGCGAGACACUGAGGAUGGCAGGAAAACCCUGGAGAACCAGGUGAAGAGGCUGGAGAUGGUGGAACGGAGAGAAACUAAACUCAAAGAAGACAUUCAGACCAAGUCGCAGCAGAUCCAACAGAUGGCCGACAAAAUCAUGGAACUCGAAGAGAACUUGCGUGAAACACAGGCAUCAGCGCAGCGUGUGGAAACACACCUGGAACAGAAGAAAAAGCUUUAUGAAGACAAGAUCAAGGUUUUAGAGACUCAAAUGAAGGCUGAUUUGGCUGAAAAGGAACUGCUGGAGUCCAAGCAGAACACGUAUGAGGAGGAAUCUCGCGAGCGGGGAAAAAUGAUCAGCGACCAGACAGCGACGAUCAAUGCCAUGGAGUCAAAGAUGAGCAAUCUGGAACAGAGGAUCGCUGAGCUGUCCGAGGCCAACAAACUGGCAGCCAACAGCAGCAUUUACACGCAGAAAAACAUAGCUGCUAGACUGCGAGAGAUGGGUCUGGAGCACGAGGAGCAGAAGCUGGAGAUCAAGAGGCAGGUGUCGGAGCUCACGCUGUCCCUGCAGGAGAGAGAAGCUCAGAUCAGCAGCCUGCAGGCGGCCCGGCACGCACUGGAGAACCAGCUACGACAGGCCAAGACCGAGCUGGAGGAGACGACCGCAGAGGCCGAGGAGGAGAUCACCGUCCUCCGGGCCCAUCGGGAUGAAAUCCAACGCAAGUUUGAUGCCCUGCGAGACAGCUGUGCGGUGAUCACGGAUCUGGAGGAGCAGCUGACGCAGCUGACGCAGGAAAACUCAGAGCUGAACCGACAGAACUUCUACCUGUCCAAACAGCUGGACGAACAUACCCAAUCAAUCAGUAACAUCGAGACGCUGAAGACCACAUGUACGAUGCUGGAGGAGCAGGUGCUGGAGCUGGAGACGCUGAACGAUGAGCUGCUGGAGAAGGAGAGACAGUGGGAGAACUGGAGAUCUGCCCUGGAAGAGGAGAAGAACCAGGCGGAGCGCCGAGCCAGAGACAUACAGAGACAACUGGACAAUGAGAAGCAGAACAGACUCCGUGCAGAGCAGCGUAAUUCUGAGUCUCGUCAGGCCGUUGAACUGGCGGUCAAAGAGCACAAAGCUGAAAUCCUGGUACUGCAACAGGCCCUGAAAGACCAGAAACUCAAAGCUGAAGGUCUUUCUGAUACGCUGAGUGAUCUGGAGAAGAAACACGCCAUGCUGGAGAUGAACGCGCACAGCCUGCAGCAGAAGCUGGAGACGGAGCGAGAGCUCAAACAGAGGCUCAUGGACGAGCAAGCAAAACUGCAGCAGCAGCUGGACAUGCAGAAGAGCCACAUCUUCAGACUGACUCAAGGACUUCAGGACGCGCUGGACCAGACGGACCUUCUGAAGACCGAGCGGACAGACCUGGAGUACCAGCUGGAAAACAUACAGGCGGCGUACUCUCACGAGAAGGUCAAGAUGGAGGGGACCAUCACCCAGCAGACCAAGCUCAUAGACUUCCUGCAGGCCAAGGUAGAGCACCCCUCUAAGAAGAAAAAGGGGCUGUUUGGCGGCAGGCGUCGAGAGGAUCUGCUGGCGGCGCUGGCGGCGCAGGGACAGACGCAGGUGCCCGCCGUGACCCCUGUCCCCCUGCAGUACAGCGACCUGAAGGCCGCGCUGGAGAAGGAACGCGCUCGCUGCUCGGAGCUGGAGGAAGCCCUGCAGAAAACACGCCUGGAGCUCAGAGAGGUUCAGUUUAAUAAAGCUCUGGAGCACAGCGGUUCUCCAGCCACCCCGGGUUUGGCUCGUCAGCAGCUCAUGAUGUCCACUAAAUCCAACAAAUCCCCCGAGCACCAGCCCAGCAGCGGCCUGAUGUCGUCCAGCUCCGGCCGCAGGAAGGACGCUGCCAAUCCUGAAGAGUACACCAGACGUGUGAAGGACAGGAUUCAUCACAACACUGCUCACCGCUUCACACAGGGGCUCAACAUGAGGGCGGCCCGCUGCACCGUCUGUCUGGACACCGUCCAUUUUGGACGGCAAGCCGCGACAUGCAUCGAAUGUCACGCUUUGUGCCACCCAAAAUGCUCCCCGUACCUUCCAGCCACCUGCGGCGUGCCCACAGAGUACGCACUGCACCUGUCCGAGGCUCUGUGUCGGGAAAAGGGAAGCACCUCUGGUUUGAAAGACGUUGGUGGACAUAUGAGGCUGGAAGGAUGGCUGAAGCAGCCCAGAAAUGGGAAGCGUGGUCAGGGCUGGGAGAGGAAAUACGUGGUGCUGGAUGGAUGUAAAGUGAUCACCUACGAGACAGAACCAAGAGAUGAGUCGGUGAAGCCGCUGGAUGAGUUUGAGUUGUGUCUCUCUGAUGGAGACGUGACUGUUCAUUCUGCUGUCGGUUCUUCUGAGCUGCCGAACACGGCCAAGACAGAUGUGCCGUAUGUGCUGAAGUUGGAGUCGUCUCCGCAGUCGACAUGCUGGCCCGGUCAGACUCUGUACCUCAUGACCUCAGGGUUUUCUGAGAAACAGCGCUGGGUGGCCGUGCUGGAAGCCAUUGUGGCCAGCAGUCGUGGGGCGAGAGAGAAAGCCGAAGCAGACGCUAAAUUGUUGGGUAACUCCUUACUCAAGCUAGAAGGAGAUGAUCGCCUGGAUAUCAACUGCACCCUCCCGCUGACUGACCAGAUUGUGUUGGUGGGCUCUGAGGAAGGGCUCUAUGCCCUGAAUGUGAUUAAGAACUCCCUCACUCACAUCCCGGGUAUGGGAUCCGUGUUUCAGAUCCAUAUCAUCAAGGAGCACGACAAGCUGCUGAUGAUCGUGGGGGAUGAACGGGCACUGUGUCUGAUGGAGAUUAAGAAAGUGAAACAGUCUCUGUCCCAGUCUCACCUCCCCACGCUACCCGAGAUUGUGCCGUAUAUCUUUGAGACCGUCAAGGGCUGUCAUCUGUUCGCCGCGGGCAGGAUAGAAAAUGGUCCGUGCAUUUGUGCUGCAAUGCCUAACAAAGUCACAAUUCUACGAUACAACGACAAUCUGAACAAAUUCUGUAUACGGAAGGAGAUUGAAACGCUCGAGCCGUGCAGCUGCAUCCACUUCACCAGCUACAGCAUCAUCAUUGGUACCAAUAAAUUCUACGAGAUUGAGAUGAAGCAGUGUGUUCUGGAUGAGUUCCUGGACAAGAAUGACGUGUCGCUGGCAUCGGCUGUGUUCACUGGAUCCUCCCACAGUUUCCCCAUCUCCAUCGUCCAGGUGUCCAGCACUCCGCAGAAGGAAGAAUAUCUGCUCUGCUUCCACGAGAUUGGUGUGUUUGUGGAUGCUUACGGUCAAAGAAGUCGCCCUGAUGAUCUCAAGUGGAGUCGACUUCCCCUGACAUUUGCAUUCAGAGAGCCCUAUCUGUUUGUGACCUACUUCAGCUCGCUGGAUGUUAUUGAGAUUCAGGGACAUGCAGCUCUUGGGCCUCCCAGUCUUGUUCACCUGGACAUUCCUAACCCACGUUAUCUGGGUCCGGCCAUAUCAUCUGGUGCCAUCUAUCUGGCCUCGUCCUAUCAGAACAAACUGCGGGUCAUCUGCUGUAAGGGCAGCCUGGUGCGGGAGUCUGGGGAACUGCAGAGGACCGGUUCUAGCAGGAGCCCAAACAAGCGCGGACCGCCCACCUACAACGAGCACAUCUCCAAGCGCCUGGCCUCGGGUCCCGGGGCCCAGGAGGGGCCGCUGCACCGCGAGCCCAGCACCCCUCACCGCUACCGCGAGGGCCGCACAGAGUUCCGGAGGGACAAAUCUCCGGCCCGGCCUCUGGAGCGCGAGAAAUCGCCCGGUCGGGCUGUGCUAGACAGCCGCAGGGAGAGAUCGCCAGGGCGCUUCGAGAACAGCGGCAGCGAGAGAGACCGGGAGCGUUCGCGCCUUCACUCUAGCUCUGUACGCACCCAGCUGACCCCCGUCAACAAGGUACGCAUGAGACACUGCCACGUAAACUGUGUAUCCUCUUAGGGAUACAAACAUCAGGUUUGACGAUGUUCAUGCAUGCUCAAAUGCAUGAACAUCCGCUGCUUUGUAGUUAAAUUCCUUCUAGUUAUGGCCUCAAACAGGAUGCUCAGCAGCAGUAAUGCAGCAGUAAUGAUGUUUCUGAGCUGAUCUGCGUCAGACAGGGCAGGCAGCCAGUUGAAGUGUUGAAGUGACCUCUUUAUCCUGGUGGUGGUGUAGGUUUGGGACCAGUCUUCAGUCUGAGAGCGUCCCGGAGGGAUGACGUAAGAGCCAUCAUCCACCUCCCGCGUGGAUGGACUUGCCCUUUUAACAGGCGCUUCGUAAAGCUCUGAACUAUAUCAUCUCAUGCCUGUAACCGUGAACAGAGCCAUGUUAUUCACUCGCAGCCCCAGAGUCUGGGACAUUGUGCUGAUGUUGUAAACUCUGUCCAUGCUGUAACCAUUCAUGAAGGUCCAAUGUAAAGAAAAGCAACUGCGAUUUUUUGGGAAAAGACUUUGAAGAAUAUCCCGGGUUCAGUACGGUAAGCUCUGUCAACAGCAUUUUGUGGCAUAACGGCCAUUACUGCAGAAAAAUGUUUUUGAUUCUCCCCUUAUGUAAAAAUUGUGGUAACAGUAAGACAUUUACAAUGGAAGUAAAACAGGAACAGGCACUUUAUGAGUUUAAGGCAAGACACUACAAGCAAACACAUUUGUUUUUUUUCAGGCACUGGUAAAUUUUGCGAUUUUGGGCAAUUUUAACUUUCAUUUUUCUAUCUAGUGAAAAGUUAUUUUUAUACAAUUUAUCUAUUAGCAUCACUAGAUUUCAAUUAUAAUACACUGGCCAUUUUCUCAAAAGGAGUUUUUUCCACUUCAGCAGCACUUAGAGCAAAUUUUACAGUUUCAUUCCUAUCUAAAUUCUGAAGGUUUUUACAGACAUUUA